CAUCAACUGAGCCUUGUUAUAAAUCCCGUGUGACUCUCUGAAGUUUAUUAUUCACUUCUCAUCGUUCCCUCCCUCGAUCUCUCUCACUUUGUAUUCUACCAAUGGUGGCCAGGAAAGCCAGGAUUGUGAUCAUAGGAGCUGGAAUGGCCGGUCUCACGGCGGCCAAUAAGCUCUACACGGCCCCGGGUUCCAGGGACAUGUUCGAGCUCUGUGUGGUCGAAGGUGGACCGAGGAUUGGAGGCAGAAUCAACACAUCGGAGUUCGGUGGUGAUAGGAUUGAAAUGGGUGCCACUUGGAUUCAUGGAAUUGGUGGCAGUCCCAUUUACAAGAUAGCUCAGGAAAAUCAUUCCUUAGAAUCGGACCAGCCAUGGGAGUGCAUGGAUGGCUCUUCCAAUGACAACCCUACCACUGUCGCCGAAGGCGGAUUCAAGGUUGAACCUUCCGUUGUCGACUCCAUCACCAACCUCUUCAACGAUCUCAUGGACUGCGCUGCUAAUAACGGCAAGCUCCCCGAAGCUUCCAAGCUAGUCCCAGGAAGCCAGAGUCUUGGUUCAUUUCUCCGGCAAGGUCUCGAAACUUACUGGGCUUCUAUGAAAGAACGAGACGAAGAGCUCAAAGGCUAUGGAAGCUGGAGUAGGAAGUUACUUGAGGAAGCCAUCUUCGCAAGGCAUGAGAACAUUCAAAGGACUCAUACAUCUGCUUCUGACCUCAUGACUUUGGAUUACAAAGCAGAGAGCGAGUACAGAAUGUUCCCUGGUGAAGAAAUCACCAUUGCUAAAGGCUACUUAAGCGUGAUCGAAUCUCUAGCCUCUGUUUUACCACCUGGGUGUGUCCAAUUGGGUCGAAAAGUGAGCAAGAUUGAGUGGCUGCCUGAGAGGCAGGACACAAAUAAUGGGUAUUGUUGUUCCAUGCCUGUGAAGCUACAUUUCUGUGAUGGCUCUGUUAUGUCUGCUGAUCAUGUCAUUGUCACAGUAUCACUUGGAGUUCUAAAAGCUGCAAUUCGUAACGAAGAUUCAAAAUCAGGUAUGUUCUACCCUCCUCUACCUUCCUUCAAGACAGGGGCAAUCUCAAGGCUUGGUUUUGGUGUGGUUAAUAAGUUGUUUCUUCAAUUGAGCCAGAAAGAGGAUGAACUCUCCAAGGGCUUCCCUUACUUGAAAAUGGUGUUCCAUCCACCUGAUUCUGAGCUUAGGCACAAGAAAAUCCCAUGGUGGAUGAGGAGAACAUCUUCACUUUGCCCCAUCUACAACAAUUCAAGAGUCCUCUUGUCUUGGUUUGUUGGAGAAGAAGCUCUGGCUCUAGAGUCACUUAAAGAUGAAGAUAUCAUUAAUGGGGUUUCAACGACACUUCAAAGCUUUCUUUCCAAUCAUGGAUUAUCCAAUGGGAAAGUGAAUUCUGAGGAGAUUUCUCACGACCCAAGUGAAGUGAAAAUCAAUGAAGUGUUGAGGAGUAAAUGGGGAACUGAUCCUUUAUUCCUGGGGUCUUAUAGUUAUGUGGCAGUAGGAUCAAGUGGUGAUGAUUUGGAUAAAAUGGCAGAGCCAUUGCCUAAAGGUAGUGGAAGUAGUUUUGGUUCAUUGCCUCCACUUCAAAUUUUGUUUGCAGGGGAAGCUACUCACAGAACCCAUUAUUCCACAACUCAUGGAGCUUACUUCAGUGGCCUUAGGGAAGCCAAUAGGCUUCUUCAGCAUUAUCACUGUGUUGGGAUUCAUAACAACUACUAAUUUUUAAAAUCUUUCAACAUUAAUCGCUAUGAUGAAAUUAUUCCCAUUUUCAUCUCAAACAUCUUUCUUUCUCUUUAAGGAAAGUGGUGAGGGAUUGGAGGGAGGAUAAGUUACGAGGGAGUAAGAUGAGAAGAGAGAGAUGGGUUAAUGUACUGCAAGAAGUUAUUUUUUUUAAUCCACAUUACUUUCUCUUCA